UUCAGGCAUGUAGAAUUAACAAAUGACAUCGUUUGGAGAAUAGAAGGAUUCAGAGGAUGACAGUUUAACAGCUAUGGCAGAGAGCAACCUCCCAAAAACGGGAGAAGAACUGGAGUUGAAAAAUGAGUUUCCAGCCACAGCGACAGAGGAAAGUCAAGUUACGUCAAGUGACGCUGAACUGGAUGUAUACAAUGACCCUUUAAGAGGAAUAGCGAAAGUAUGUCUCGAGGAAGGUAACAAAGAAUACAGAAAAGGAGAAGCUAAUAACGCGAUAAACUCCUACACGGAAGGACUUCAAGUCAACUGCAACGAUACACGGCUGAACGCCAAGCUUUACAGCAACAGGGCAGCAGCUCAUUUCCAUUUAGCAAACUACGUGGAAUGUCUGGAUGAUGCAACAGUUGCUGUUCAAUUGGAACCCGUUUUGAUCAAAGCUAUUAAGAAAGGAGCCAGAGCUUGUGUCGAACUUUGUUGGUAUAAAGAAGCAAGGAGCUGGUUGCUUAUGGGAUUGGCCAUUGACAACAAUAACAAAAGUCUGCUUCAAUUAAUAAGGAAAUCAAAUGCUGAACUAAAAGUCAAAGCAUACACUUACGCCAGUCUGGGAUGUGCUUACUUUAAAGUUGGACAGUUCCACACAGCAAUCGAGUACCAUCAAAAAUGUCUAGAAAUUGCUAAAGAAGUGGGAGACAAGGCCGGAGAGGGAAGAAGUUAUGGCAAUCUCGGCAACGCUUAUGAUCAUCUAGGAGAGUUCAAAACAGCCAUCAAGUACCAUCAACGUCAUCUAGAAAUUGCUAAAGAAGUGGGAGACAAGGCCGGAGAGGGAAGAAGUUAUGGCAAUCUCGGCAACGCUUAUCAAGGUCUAGGAGAGUUCAAAACAGCCAUCAAGUACCAUCAACGUCAUCUAGAAAUUGCUAAAGAAGUGGGAGACAAGGCCGGAGAGGGAAUAAGUUAUGGCAAUCUCGGCAACGCUUAUCGCGGUCUAGGAGAGUUCAAAACAGCCAUCAAGUACCAUCAACGUCAUCUAGAAAUUGCUAAAGAAGUGGGAGACAAGGCCGGAGAGGGAAAAAGUUAUGGCAAUCUCGGCAACGCUUAUGAUCAUCUAGGAGAGUUCAAAACAGCCAUCAAGUACCAUCAACGUCAUCUAGAAAUUGCUAAAGAAGUGGGAGACAAGGCCGGAGAGGGAAAAAGUUAUGGCAAUCUCGGCAACGCUUAUCGCGGUCUAGGAGAGUUCAAAACAGCCAUCAAGUACCAUCAACGUCAUCUAGAAAUUGCUAAAGAAGUGGGAGACAAGGCCGGAGAGGGAAUAAGUUAUGGCAAUCUCGGCAACGCUUAUAACAGUUUAGGAGAAUUCAAAACAGCCAUCAAGUACCAUCAACGUCAUCUAGAAAUUGCUAAAGAAGUGGGAGACAAGGCCGGAGAGGGAAUAAGUUAUGGCAAUCUCGGCAAUGCUUAUCAAGGUCUAGGAGAGUUCAAAACAGCCAUCAAGUACCAUCAACGUGAUCUAGAAAUUGCUAAAGAAGUGGGAGACAAGGCCGGAGAGGGAAUAAGUUAUGGCAAUCUCGGCAACGCUUAUCGCGGUCUAGGAGAGUUCAAAACAGCCAUCAAGUACCAUCAACGUCAUCUAGAAAUUGCUAAAGAAGUGGGAGACAAGGCCGGAGAGGGAAAAAGUUAUGGCAAUCUCGGCAACGCUUAUAAAGGUCUACGACAGUUAAAAACAGCAAUCGAGUACUAUCAACGUGAUCUAGAAAUUGCUAAACAAGUGGGAGACAAGACUGGUGAGGCGUGCUCACUCUGUUCCCUUGGAAGGAGUUUUGAGUGCCAAGGAAAUCUUAUGAUGGCCAUCCACUAUUAUCACUCGAGCGUAGAGUUAUAUGAUGAUAUCAGGGCCAGUCUUCGACCCAACGAUCAGUGGACGAUUUCCUAUCGUAAUCAGCACCAAAGUGCAUACAGAGGUUUGUGGCGUAUUCAUCUCAAUCAAGGUAAAGUUGUAGAGGCUCUUCUUGCCGCAGAGAAAGGACGUGCUCAAGCUCUGAGAGAUCUCAUGGCCACAAAAUAUCAGCCUGGAGAUUCUUCAACGCAAAGCGCAUCGUGCGUUUCUUUGAGUUGGGUUCCAUUGAGCACAGUUUUUAUAGCUAUUAAUGGACCAUGCGUUUACUUCUGGGUUUGCCUCAGUGAAGAUAAUAUCCAGAUGAGAGAGGUACACGUCAACAAUUAUAAGUAUGAGGAUGAAUUGGAAGUUUUUAUAAAGCAACUGAACAAAACUGCUCUGAAGGAGAUCGGUGCAAGAGAUACUGUUACAAUCGAAACUCCUCCGUUUGAUUCGUCGACAGAAGAGGAGGUGGCCAAUGAUGUGAUCCGAGUUGAUUUCAGGCAGUUAGCAUUGGAAUCCCAGGGAGUUUUCGGAUACCAACAAAACGCUGAUAUUUGGACCAGAAACCAAUAA